ACACAAUCAGAUAGCAUUUUGAAGAACUUCAGAAAGGACAGUCCUUAGAUUCAGUACCCUGGACAGCUCAUCUCAUGGAGUAGCUUUGGGAUUCACCCUUAUGGACAUCGCGCACAACUCCCAGGCAAUAGAAACAGCACAGCUGACUCGAUGAAUACAGAGCAAGACCAUGGAAAAGCGACUUAACGUAACUGCUGAGACCCUCAACAGGCUUCUUCAAGAACACAAUAUGACCAGGCAAGAGUUCAUAGCUGCUUAUGGCCUCAAGCCUCUAGUAUACAUCCCUGAAUUGCCUCUCAGUGCCAAGGUUAUCUUCCUGGUGCUCUACAUAGUCAUCUUUCUACUGGCACUUUUUGGAAACAGCCUGGUGGUGUAUAUCAUCAUUAAGAAAAAAACUAUGAGAACUGCUACCAAUAUUUUCAUCUGUUCCUUGGCUUGCAGUGAUCUGCUGGUCACUUUCUUCUGCAUACCAUUCACACUUCUACAAAACGUUUCCUCCGAAUGGCUGGGUGGCCCCUUUGUGUGCAAGAUGGUCCCCUUCAUGCAGACCACUGCUGUUGUCAGUAGCACCCUGACUAUGACUUGCAUUGCCAUAGAGAGAUACCAAGGCAUCAUCCACCCCUUGAAGAUCCACAGGCAGUAUACAAACAAGAGAGCCUACAAAAUGCUUGGAUGUGUUUGGACAGUGGCAAUCAUUGUUGGAUCACCUAUGUUUUAUGUUCAGACUUUAGAGGUGAAAUAUGACUUUCUUUAUAACCUUCACCAUGUCUCUUGCCUGGAGUCCUGGCAGAGUGUCCAGUUGCGUCGCGCCUACGCAAUUUUCAUCUUGGUGGCCUUGUUCCUGGUCCCUCUGACAGUUAUGCUGUUCCUCUACACCAGGAUAGGGUAUGAGUUGUGGAUCAAGAAGAGGAUUGGUGACUCUUCAGUGCUGAACACACUCAGUCGUUGUGAAAUGGCUAAAAUAACAAGGAAGAAGAAACGAGCAGUAGCAACGUUGGUCAUUGUUGUGUUGUUCUUCUCUGCUUGUUGGGCACCUUUCCAUGUUGUCCACAUGCUACUUGAAUACAAUAACCUUGAAGAUUACAACGACAUCACCAUAAAGAUGAUAUUUGCCAUUGUCCAAGCAGUCGGGUUCUCCAACUCCUUCAAUAACCCAGUCGUCUACACCUUUAUGAAUGAGAACUUCAAGAAAAACUUCAUGGCUGUCCUCUUUUGCAACUCUAGGAGCCAUGAGGUGGCUGACAAACAGGACAGCCAGCACUUAUUGAGAAUCAAAGUGGGACUAUCGAAAUGUACCCAUAGGAACGAGGGUCAACAUCCUCAAGGCCAACUGAGUGUAGAGAAUCUAGAACUAUGACUCAGCAAUCAAGUGCCCUAAGCAAACAUCAGACCACUCUGACUUACUGGAUUGGAAGAGUCCAUGAAGCCAUGCUCUCUGAUAGACAAAGAAUCAAUUGUGUUUAUCCAAGGGCAGGAAUGCCAAAUAUUAGUUUGCUUUAACUUCCAGUUUAUUAUUUGGGUGGAACAGGGGAAGGAGAAAUAUUUCAUUACCAAACCAUUAGAUGUAUUCAUCUAAAUUACUUACUGUCCUCAUUUCCCUUUAUAUGUUGUUUCUCCAGAAUAAUCCCCUCCUCCAGUCUGCAGAUCCUUUUAUUUAUUUUUUAUUUUAUUUAUUGUCAGGUUUAUAUCCCACUUUAUCCCCUCGGGGCGGGUCACAACAAAUCAAUACAAUUCAUUAAAACAUUUUAAAAUAGAACCAUACAGAAAUUAAAAUGACAGUGUUAUAAACUCCCAAUAACAAUUAUACAUUUUUAAAAAACAGAUGGUGGAACGUAAUCCUUUCCUGAUCAUCCUGUUCCUCUCCCCCCUUCAAGGAAUGUCCCCAACCAAUCGGAGAUCACAUAAUGACAUUAUGGUGCUACAUAGUUGUUAACAUUUGGCUGUGUGUUGAUAUCAUUGGAGGAAAAUGAAGUAGAUUUAAAGCAUGGGAACUGCCUGCUGCAACCAGUCACUAAUGGAAUAGUCUGACAUUUAGUUUUAUUUUUAAAAAAGAUGAGCUUCAGUGUUUUAUAGAUGCACCCAGUCUCAAAAGUGCUAUAUCACUGUGGUCCGCAUUUCAGCAGUCUCUCAUCCAAAGUCAGUAUUGAAAUACUUUGGACUUGAUAGCAUUUAUAAGGAAAUUCAAGCUUAGAUGAGCCCGCACUAGUAGGGCCCUUCCUGCACAACCGGAAUAAAAAAGUUUGAGGCAGGAAACAAAAUGAUUCUUCCCAGGAGUUUUACAUUGUUAUUAGCCCACAACGUUUUAUUUCCAGUCUCAAAAUGUUUUAUAUGCAUCCCGGAUUUUA